UUCCUUCCUUCCCUUCUCCUUUUCGUCUUCAACAUUUACAUGGAUGCUGUCGCUUGCGUAUUGCGUUUAUUUCAGUUUCUGAGCGGUGAAGCGAGUUGGAGGAAAUCUCUAUAUAUCUAUAGAUAGAGAGAGAAAAAGGGAUACAUAGUUACAUGCACAUAUAUACAUAUUGUGAGCGAGAGGGAGAGACAUGGAUGCCGUAGAGGGUAAUGUUGGAAAGAAGAUAAAGAUUGGAGUAUGCGUAAUGGAAAAGAAGGUGAAAUGCGGCCCGGAGGUUUUCUCCGCUCCUAUGGGGCAGAUUCUGGACAGGUUACAGGCAUUUGGUGAAUUUGAGGUUCUGCAUUUUGGUGACAACAUUAUCCUUGGGGAUCCAAUUGAGAGCUGGCCAAUCUGUGAUUGUUUGAUUGCCUUCUAUUCUACUGGUUAUCCUCUGGAGAAGGCUGAAGCCUAUGCUGCGUUGAGAAAGCCUUUCCUUGUAAAUGAAUUGGAGCUACAGUAUCUUCUUCAUGAUCGAAGGAAAGUGUAUGAGCGUCUUGAGACGUGUGGAAUUCCAGUUCCAAGAUACGCUUGUGUUAAUAGACAAGUACCCUAUCAAGAGUUAGAUUAUUUUGCUGAGGAAGAAGAUUUUGUUGAAGUUCACGGGAAACGCUUCUGUAAACCUUUUGUGGAGAAACCUGUUGAUGCUGAUGACCACAGUAUAAUGAUAUACUACCCUAGUUCAGCAGGGGGAGGAAUGAAAAAGUUGUUCCGGAAGGUUGGAAACCGCUCAAGUGAAUUCCAUCCUGAGGUUAGAAGAGUCAGACGCGAGGGGUCCUAUAUUUACGAGGAAUUCAUGCCUACAGGAGGAACAGAUGUUAAGGUUUAUACUGUUGGCCCUGAGUAUGCACAUGCAGAGGCAAGAAAAUCCCCUGUUGUUGAUGGUGUUGUUAUGAGAAAUCCUGAUGGAAAAGAGAUCAGAUAUCCUGUUCUACUUACGCCUACAGAGAAGUUGAUGGCAAGAGAAGUUUGUAUUGCCUUUAGGCAGGAAGUUUGUGGGUUUGAUCUCUUGCGUUGCAAUGGACGUUCAUAUGUUUGUGAUGUGAACGGGUGGAGCUUCGUAAAGAAUUCCUACAAGUACUAUGAUGAUGCUGCUUGUGUGCUGAGGAAGAUGUUUCUAGAUGCAAAAGCUCCGCAUCUUUCAUCAACUAUUCCACCUACUCUGCCAUGCACAUCCACAUGCACAGCUAAUGAACCAGUUCAGCCUCCUGAGGGGUUAACACGCCAAGGGAGUGGGCUUAUUGGCACAUUUGGAGGAUGUGAAGAGCUACGGUGUGUAAUUGCAGUAAUUCGACAUGGUGAUAGAACUCCCAAGCAGAAAGUGAAACUCAAAGUUACUGAGGAAAAGCUCUUAAAUUUGAUGUUAAAAUACAAUGGGGGAAAACCUAGAUCUGAGACCAAACUGAAAACUGCUGUUCAAUUGCAAGAUCUCUUGGAUGCCACAAGAGCUCUAGUGCCACAAGCUAGACCUGAUCCAGAAAGUGAUAGUGAAGCAGAAGGCCUUGUUCAUGCCGAAAAACUUCGUCAAGUUAAAGCUGUUCUCGAGGAGGGGGGGCAUUUUUCUGGCAUUUAUAGAAAAGUUCAAUUGAAGCCAUUAAAGUGGGUUAAAGUUGCAAAAUCUAAUAGUGAAGGUGAAGAAGAAAAACCUAUAGAAGCUCUUAUGAUCCUUAAAUAUGGUGGCGUUCUCACUCAUGCUGGUAGAAAGCAGGCUGAAGAACUGGGAAGAUAUUUUAGGAAUUAUGUGUAUCCAGGUGAAGGUAUGGGCUUGCUUCGUCUUCACAGUACUUAUCGCCACGACCUUAAAAUAUACAGCUCAGAUGAAGGGCGUGUACAGAUGUCAGCAGCUGCUUUUGCCAAAGGGCUACUAGACUUGGAAGGAGAAUUGACACCAAUACUGGUCUCCCUGGUUAGCAAGGAUGCUUCUAUGUUGGAUGGACUUGAAACCGCCAGUAUUGAGAUGGAAAAAGCAAAGGCUAAAUUGAAUGAAAUUAUAACUUCUGGAGCAACAUCAGCUCAUAGUACUGGAUCAUCAGAGAAGCCUUGGAUGGUUGAUGGGGCUGGAGUCUCUUCAAAUGCAUCUAAACUCCUUCCCAGACUGGUAAAAUUGACUAAAAAAGUUGCAGAACAAGUUUGGCUUCUUGCAAAGGAUGAAGAUGAGGAACUUGCUGUUGCUGAGACAAGAUCAUGUGAUGUUAUUCCACCAUAUGAUCAAGCUAAGGCACUUGGUAAGACGAACAUAGACGUUGAUCGCAUUGCUGCAGGUUUACCAUGUGGCAGUGAAGGAUUCCUUCUCAUGUAUGCAAGGUGGAGAAAACUUGAAAGAGAAUUAUAUAACGAACGGAAAGAACGCUUCGACAUUACACAAAUUCCAGAUGUGUAUGAUUCUAGCAAGUAUGACCUUUUGCACAAUUCACAUCUAAAACUGGAAGGAUUGCAUGAACUCUUCAAAGUUGCAAAGUUACUUGCAGAUGGUGUUGUUCCUAAUGAAUAUGGGAUUAAUCCACAGCAUAAGCUAAAGAUUGGAUCAAAGAUUGCUCGGCGCUUGUUGGGUAAACUUUUGAUUGAUGUGAGGAAUGCACGUGAAGAGGCUAUCAGUGUAGCUGAAUUGAAGAGAAAUCAGGACCAUAAUUCACUAGUUGGUAAGACUGGUAAAGAACUUGCAGAGCUUCUCAAGCCUCAUGCAAAAACUGAAGACUCUAGAAGAACUACUAGCUUUGCUAGUGAAAUAUCAGUAGAUCAGGAUGAUGAUGAUGAUAAGGAGACCAAGUAUCGCUUGGACCCAAAAUAUGCAAAUGUGAGAACACCAGAGCGGCAUGUCAGGACACGCCUUUACUUUACAUCAGAGUCUCAUAUUCAUUCUUUAAUGAAUGUGCUGCGUUAUUGCAAUCUGGAUGAAUCUCUUCAAGGAGAGGGAAGCCUUGUUUGUAAUAGUGCUUUGGAGAAAUUAUUUACAACAAGGGAGCUUGACUACAUGAGCUACAUUGUAUUAAGGAUGUUUGAGAACACAGAGUUGGCACUAGAAGACCCGAAAAGGUAUCGCAUUGAAAUGGAAUUUAGCCGUGGUGCAGAUAUAUCGGCAUUGGAGGAAAACGAGUUGGAGUUGGAGGCUACUUCAUGGUAUCAGGAGCACAAGUUGGCAAUAAUGGGACCUGAGAGGCUUCAAGAAAUUGGGUCAUAUCUAACAUUGGAGAAGUUGGAGAAGAUGAUGCGUCCAUUUGCGAUGCCAGCUGAGGAUUUCCCGCCACCAUUAACACCGCAAGGAUUUUCAGGCUACUUCUUGAAAAGUGCUGCAGUUCUAGAGCGAUUAGUAAAUCUUUGGCCGUUUCAUAAGUAUGGCAACACUAAUGAAAAACGGCGUGGAGGGGGGUCAGGAGCACAAGUUACCAAUAAUUGGACCUGAGCUACUUCCAAGAAAUUGGAUAAUUGUUGGCGAAGAUGUUGCGUUUAUUUCUCAUGCUAGCAGCUCAACUUUUCCCAGUGCGACAAGGAUUGGAUUUUAAUUCUUCAUUCAUGUAAAAUAAAACGAGAACGAACUUGACAAAAGGAUGAAAUGGUUUUCAUAUGAGCCAACUCGAUAAAUAUGUAUAAUGAUGCUCUAUCUAAAUUAAUGCACAGUUCAUCAGGCAAUUUGCAUUUGGUGUAAGGUAGGAGAGAUAGACAACAAACUAGUAAUUGGUAUGCAAUAAUAAUCAAGGUUGCAGAAGGCG